AUGGCACCAUGUUCAACGGCACGGGCACUACGCUUUUGGCCCACCAGCCUACUACUACUGUUGGUGACUGUGGCCAGCUGGCAGCUGUCAGUCGCAGCACCGGGUGCUUUACGCCGCACCAGAUAUCCAAGCAGGCGUUUUCUGCAGUCCGAUGACAGCAUCUCCGGUUACUAUGGUGCCCGCGAGAACUACAACACGGCCGAGUACGGUCAAGAAGUUGGUGAAACGGAUUUCCACGGCGAUCACGACGACUCGGUCGAAAUCGAGUUCGAAGAUGAUGACCACAACGAACAAGAGGAGCUGACGGGAGCGAGCCUCUCGGAAGAAUCGACGGACGACGACGAGAAUGGGGAAGACCACCAGGCCAACUUGAUCGCGCAGCUUACCGCCCUGACACACGCUGACAAGUCGCCAAGGACCAAGCACAAGGGCCGCAGCGUGGUGCCACCGGUGACGAUCGCCGUGCCGUAUCCGGUGCAGGUGGAGCGUAAGGUGCCAGUGUUUAUCGAGACGAAGGUACCGGUGUACGUGGAGAAGAAGGUGGAGGUUCCGGUCCAGUACCAGGUGCCGGUGUAUCACCGCGAGGUGAUCCACGUUCCGAAGCCGGUCGUCUUUAACGUCGAUCGACCGUAUCCGGUGUACGUGCCGCGUACCGUCUUCAAGUACGCUCCGGUCAAGGUUCGGAUCCGUUCCCGGACUCGCUACUAG